GGUCUGCAUUUCAAACAACACCAUUGAAUAUUAUUCAAUGGUUAACUUGCAUUGGAUUGGGUGGUUUAUCACUACCUGUUGGUGUAAUCAUCCGAUUACUUCCUAUUGAAAAGUUGUUCUCGUAUAAGCAAUCGAAAGCACAUACUAUUCGUGAUGAUGAAUCAGCAGUAACCAGCUGGCAAAAACAACUAAAGUUUUUCAAAGCACUUCGAGGUGGUGGACGUUUUAGAUCACAUUUUGGACCAGUUGCUAAAAAUCAACAAGCAUUUGCAGGUGUUGCGGUGGUACCGAGUUUAAUGGUAUCCGCGGUUGGUGUACCAUUAUCGACACGAGAUAGAAGUCAAGAAAGAGAUAAUUCGAAAGUAUCACAGAGAUCAAUACCAGGUCCAAUACCAACGCCACGACAAGAAACUGAUGAAUCCAAUAAAAGUUGA